CUAGUUGCUCUUUAGAGAGCUCCAGAUUACUGUUUAACUACACGCUUCAAAUCCAGGUUCUUGGAUUAGAGCAGUAAGAAAAUGGGAACACCUCUUCUACCAUUUCUCCUUUUAGGGGAUUUGGUGUUGACUGUGUUUGGAGUUCCAUCAGUCAGCUAUAUUGAGCCCCAAAGCGUCUCGCAGGGUGGAGGGGUCAUCUUCAUCUAUGGAAGUGAGUUCUCUGAAGAUAACUUUAACCUGUUUGGACCUGUUGCUGGAAAUAAAAUCUAUUUCUACAAUGAAUAUGAGACAAUUGUCUGUAGUCAUCCGAUAGAGAAGAACUGGCUGCUUCAAAAUCCUCAGGCUGCAUCCUCCAGUAAGCUGGUGUGUAGUUUGCCUGGAAGAAAGGGGAAACUGGGCAGCGAGUGGUUUACUCUCAAGAUUACUGUUGAUGGUGCAGAGGUAUCCAAUGCCCAUGAACAUAUGGUAAGAUUUGACAGCAGUAGGACACCAGAGCUACAGAAAAUUGACCACAGAUAUGGUCGUCCUGGGGAUCUGGUCACAAUUUCUGGGAAAAUUUUCUCAAAGAAUAUUGGACCUGGAGCUUCUAAUCUAGAUAAUUUUGAUGAAAUUGACACAUGGUCCCUACAAAAUAUAUUUUUUGGAUCUUCUGUUUGUGAGCUGAUGAAUGAUCUUGGUAAUCCUUAUGGAGUUAAUCUUGAUGUAAAAAGUAAUGGUGAUUUUGAUACAACUGGAAAUAUUACAUGUAAAACUACAGGAAGUUUUGUAGGCCCUCAAAAUGCCACGCUUUUGGUAUCUGAGUAUGGACAGUCAAUCAUUUCCAAAGAUGCCUUUUCUGUAAACAGCAAAGGACAGGCGUUUUUCUAUCAUACUUUACCUGAAGUAUCUUCUGUGUCUCCAUCUCAGGGUUCUAUAGAUGGAGGAACCUUUAUUACUAUUGAGGGAGCUGGAUUUGACGGUUAUGAAGACAAUACCAAAGUCUUUGUUAAUGAUGCAAUUUGUGAAAUAGUUGAAAUUGAUGCUUACAAGUUGGUCUGUAAAAGCCCAAUGGAAUCUGAUGUUGGACCGCCUACAGGAGGUCCUCGUGGCCUGAAGUAUCAACUCUGGGAAGACAAAGUUGCUGCUACAAGUGAUCUUGGUGCUGUAGUUGAGGAGCUAAAUGCUGCAGCAGCCCUAGAAUUUGUUGUUGAUCAAGGUUUUAUCAAUGAAAACAUGGCCGGAGAAGUGUCAGAUUUCACUGGCAAGCUCAGUGGUAUUUUUGUUGCACCAGUAUCAGGUAAUUUUAGUUUUGCUGUGUGUUCCAAUGACUAUGCAGAACUCUACUUGGGAUCUACUGAUGAUUCUUCAACUAAGGUUUUGGUAGCAAAUAAAGAUGGAGCUUGUGACAAGAAUACUCCAGUAAAAGCUGAUUUUUCAGACAAAAUAGAACUAUUGGAGGGUGACCAAUAUUAUAUUGAGGCUGUCCACAUUCACAGGGAUUCUGUUGCAGGAAACAAAACCAACUUUCUUCAGAUAUCUCUGAACCAAUUUAACACUUACCUCACCAGCUCAGAUCUUAGUCUUGCUACUGCUGAAUCACAAGCAAUCUAUAUGAAAGAAACAAGAGUUUUAGAAAAGCAAAAGAUCACUGUUCAAGGUGUUUCAUCUGCAGAACUAACCUUUACACAUCAUGGCAUUGCUUCAAAAACUCCGGUUUUCUCUGAUGAUGUUUCAAGCUGGAAAGAAAAUUUAGACCAAAUGUUUACAUGGCAAUGUUUAAAGUCACAGACCACAUUUAAAUAUUUGCAAGGAGCAGAAGACAAAUCUGUAUUGCUUCCAGGACAAGGUGGCAAUGACUUCAGACAAUUUGGUCUCAACUCAGAACCUUUCUGUGGUAACUCUGUGUGGAGCAAACCAUGGAGAAUCAUGUGGCUGAAUGAAGAAUGGGACUGGCUGGAUGCCAGAAGUACUGGAAAGUUUAUGUGUUUUGCAUCUAAAGGUUCUGCAUUCUAUGAUGGUAUUAAUGUUUUGUAUAAGUUCCAAACUAAAACCUACCAGAUGUGGUCUGCUUGGGUUACAGUAAAUGUUAGUAUCAGUAAUGAUGGCAGUGCCUGGAAAUAUCAAUGUGUUAAUCUCCUGGAUGGUUUUCUAAUUGACUCACCUAACUGGGUCAAGGACAAUGCCCUGUCUGGAGGAAUUAUUUCUAUGCAAAGUGUGACUCUUAAUUUUGAUUCCAAUCCAAGAAAAGAUGGGUUUCUUGAUGAAGUUUCUUUUGGCAACAAGGAGGUGACACUUGAAAGAAUUAGUCCAGCUCAUUUAAGCAACAAGAUUAGAAUGGAAUCAAUUGCUGUUACAGAAGCAGGAAGUGGUGUUGAAAUUGAAUUCAAUCCAUUUUCUUGUCAGAAUUCCAAUGAAACUUUUGGACUUCUGGGUAUUGCUGGUGCAACUAUUGAAGAAAUGACCUCAUCUGCUACUGGAGCUGAUCUAGUUCAAGAACAAGUAGAUUAUCUCAAAUCAAAUAAUAUUGCUACGUUUUUAGUUGGCUCUGGAAAAGUCAUUGUAGAGAGAAUUGAGCAGGAAUCUCCUGCUAUAUCUGGCACUUUCAGUGUUUCUAGGGAUGGGAAAACCAUUGAAAACAUUCCAGCUGGAAUAACUUGGUAUAGAUUUCAAGAACUUUUGGAAAAUAAAUUUGGUCUUUUAGGGGUAGAAGGUGUUAAUAACUUUUGGGACAAAUGUUACUCCAAUGCUCUUGUCUGGGAAUUUAAGAACAUAGGCGGAGACCAACCUGAAAUUACAAUAGAUUCUUCCAACAUAGUAAGUUUAGGAUCCAAUCUAAAUACUGGUGGAUACACAGCAAAUGAUGGUAAGGUCAUGAUUAAAGAAAUUGGAGGUGACUUUUUCCGGCAACAGGUGGAAUCAAGCUCCCCAAUUGUGACAGUCUGGGUGAAUGGUUUUCUUUCUUCUUGUGUAGGAUCUGGUUGCCAGUUUUCAUAUGAUUCAGCUUUGGCAACCACAAUAUCAGCUGCUACAAGUAGUUUUGUAGAUGGAAAAGUCAUGCUUACCAUAAGUGGAACUGGAUUUACAACUGAUAUAGAGGAUUUUAGUAUUGAUGUUGGAGGCAGAACUUGUAAAGUAGAGUCUGCUAUAGCUACCAGUGUUGUGUGCCACCUUGAGAAUGGUCCUGCCGGGGAUCUACCAAUCACAUUUUAUGUAAAAUCAAAGGGUCUGGCAACAGGAAAAGUUGUGUUCACGCUAAAUCUUGAAGUGGCUUCAAUCUCUCCAAAUUCUGGCAGUGUUGGAGGAGGAACUAAACUAAAAAUAACUGGGACUGGAUUUCCUAAUUCCAUGGGUGGUUGGGCAAAUGGAAGUAUUACUAUUGGUGGAAAUAACUGCCUUAUUCUCUCCACUUCUUUUUCUGAGAUAAAAUGUAUCACUCCUCCUGAAGGAAGCUCAAGUCGUAAAAAAAGGGCAGCUGCUGAAGUUCUGGUUAAUAUCAAUGGAAAGUCUGCCUCUGGAGGUAGCUACAACUAUGAUGCUUCUUCAACACCAACAAUCUCAUCCCUUUCCCAGACCAGCUCUACCGCAAAAGGAGGUGAUACAUUGACCAUAUCUGGAUCUUCUUUUGGCUUUAGAAGUUUUCAAAGCAAGGUAAAUGUUGGUCAAUCUGAGUGCCCUGUCAUUUCUUGGUCUGCAACAGAAAUAACUUGCAUUCUUCCCCCGCUUGGCAAUGGAAAUCACCCUGUUGUUGUUUCUACAGAAAGUAAUGGAUAUGCUGACAACAGCUUAGUAUCACCAGUUUCUGUAGCAUUUACACUAACAGGAGCUUCACCUCGAGUAGGUUCCAUUCAGGGAGGAACAAAGAUAACAAUCACUGGAUCUGGGUUUGGGAACUGCUCAGAUGUUGUUUUCAAUGUAGGAAAUGAGCAUACAUGUGUUGUUGAUCCAAAUGAAUGCACAGAUACAUCUGUGGUUUGCAAAGUGACAAAGACUGCUACCAAUCACAAGAUUUGGAAUACAGGUAGACAUUUUAAAUUUGGGCCUGGCUAUUUAUGGGAACCAAGUGUCCUCAUUGUACGCCCAGGAGAUCAAGUACAAUGGAACUGGAACAUUCCUGUAAAGCAAGAAGGUACAGGUAUCAGUGUUCAUGCUGUAUCAUCUGGAUUAUCAUCUGAAUGGGAUGGCAAGGGAUUCAAGUCAGGAGAAAAAUCUUCCAAGGGCUAUCUGAAGCACAUGUUUAGCACUCAAGGCACCUUUUAUUAUAGCACAGAGGAUGUUAUUGAAGGUGAGAAAGUGUUCAUGUCUGGGAAAGUCAUAGUUCAAGCUCCUGAAGAUGAAGUUGCUGAAAUCACAGCAAUCAUUGGAGACAUUUCUGCUGAUACUGUAAGUAACAAUGAUCCAGCUCUUUUAUCUAGCAGUUGUACAGCUGCAGACAACUCAUGUGCUGUUACCCCAUCAAGUUCUGAUAAAAUAGAGUUUGCCUUUUUUAAUUGCAUCACACCAGAAAUUACCAACAUUGAAGUUUCUUCCAACGGAGUCACUAAUUCAAAUUUUGGAGAUCUUGUAGGAUACGGAAAUUCUGAGAUUACCAUAACAGGAAAUGGAUUCGGACAUGAAGCUUGUCAAAAUCAAGUUCUUGUUGGGAAAACCCCUUGCAACAUAUUGUCCUCAUCCUCCAGUUCUAUUAUUUGUGAGGUUGACUCUGCUAAAAUUACAUCUUUAGAAAUGCUACCAAUUUCAGUAAAUGUUGAAAACAAUGGUCAAGCUCUGAAAUCUCUUGCUUCUGACACAAGUGGACAGCUUUAUGUUGUUCCAAAACUAACUGAAAUAGCAUCUGCAUCUGGCUCCUGGGCUGGAGGAGCAAUACUGACUCUAAAAGGAGUAGGACUUUACCCAGGAGAUGGAAUAGUCAUUGUAAAUUUUGGAGAAGCUCCAUAUCAACAAGCUUGCAAUGUGGUGGAGAAACUUGCCAAUGAAAUAUCCUGCAUUGUACCUGAUUACAGAGGUAUGAAAACUGGACCCAAUAAAACUGUUUCAAUAGAAGUUUAUCUUAGCAGCAAUAUGAUCAAACCUGAAGUUGACACUAUUGUUCAAAUGGAGUACACUUUUACUGAUGAUCUAACACCCCAAUCUUCAACAGCAUCACCAUCAACAUUUUCCAAUUCAGAAAGCAUUGAAGUCUCUGGCCUUGGAUUUGGAACAGACCUUUCUGGAGUAAAAGUAUACCUAAAACCAUCAGGGGCUUCUUUAAGACGAAGAAGACGUAGCAUUAAAUCAAUCCAAGAUGAAAUUGUAGCUAAUGAAAUAAAUUCCCUUGGCCUGAUACCUAAAAGUAUCCACACCUUCUGGAAGAGUCUGAAGAGUCAAACCAAGAAAAGAAGCAUCUCCUGGUUGUCUGCUGGAUCUUCUAAAGCUAAGAGAAGUGCUGACUACCUUCCUUCCAUUGAAGCACAUGAGCUAAAUGAUCCUAAUGAAGAAGCUUUUCAUCCACUUGUCCCCCAUUUGCAUGUAAAUACAGUAAAGAGGAAUGUAGAUGCAAAUUUCUUCAACCAAGCCUUAUACAAUAAACUUAUGGAUUCUGAUGCAUCCUACAUUGUAAGGCACAAGAAAAGAUCUAUUACAAGCAUCAGGAAAAAGAGAUCUACAGAAGAAGAACUGUUAGAAAUAUCCAUGGAAGGUCUUACCCCAGCAACUGUUCUGUCUGUUUCUGAUUCAAGAAUAACCUUUAAAGCCCCUAGUGUCCCAGCAGGAGAGUAUUCUGUUGUAAUUUAUAUUUCUGGAUCAGGUCAUGCAGAUGCAACAGAUACUGUCAUUACCAGUCAGGCUGCAGUUGAUACAAUUUCCCCAUCAACUGGAAGCAUUUAUGGUCAUCAAGCUGUGACAAUUUCUGGGAAUGGAUUUAGUGGAAUGAUUGGGGAUACAACAGUUAUGGCUGGGUCUUCUAAUUGUGAGGUAACAGCAGUUAAUGCAGGUUCUGUAACAUGCAUAACUUUAGAAAAUGCAGCAGGGCCUGUAGAUUUUGUGGUAACAUCUAAUGGUGUUACCUUCCCACCUGUGUCUUUCAGUUUCGAACUUUCAUCCACACCAGUUAUCAACCAAAUUUCUCCAAGCACUGGAAGUGGAACUGUUUCUUUAGUAAUCAGUGGCUCUAACUUUGGCUCAGCACCUUCAGUUAGUGUAGGUUCAGUGGAUUGUCUUGUAACAUCAUCAACAGCAUCCGAAAUCAAUUGUGAUCUACCAGCAGUCCCAGGUGGAAACUAUGCAGUCAUUGUCUCAAAUGAAGAGUUUGGGUGGUCAAAUCAGGACAUAACAUACAGUGCAAUUCUGUCAAUGCAAUCUGUUUCACCAGUUUCUGGAAGUUUUGGUGGUGGUUCUCUAAUCACAAUUUCUGGCCAAGGUUUUGAUACAAUUAAUUACCCAACAGUCACAGUAUGUAACAUCAAUUGUCUGGUUGAGUCUGUGUUGGAUACUAAAAUACAAUGCUUAACACCAUCCGUGUCCGGAACAGGAUCAAAAAGUUGUGAUCUGAACAUUGUACAAUCCCAAGGGUCUACAACAUCAUCAGCAAUUACUUUCACAUAUGAAGAAAGUCUUACACCUAUGUUGUCAAGCAUUUCUCCCAGGAGAGGGGGUACAGGAGGGGGAACCCCUAUAACUAUCACUGGUUCUGGGUUUGCUACUAGUGGAAAUAAGGUAAGCAUAGAUGGCAGCAUUUGUGAUAUAACUUCUGAGAGUACAACAGAAAUUCAGUGUUUGACAAAUUCUCAUGAUGGAAGCUCAGAAACUGUUGUAACUGUUGAUGUUCCAUCAAAAGGUUAUGGAAAACCCCUGGAUGAUGACUCUACCACUUUCUAUUAUAUUGACAGAUGGUCCUCUAUCUGGACAUGGGGAGGUACUGGAACGCCACAAGAAGGGGAACUUAUUGUUAUUACAGAAGGUCAAACAAUUUUACUUGAUUCCUCUACCCCAGUACUUAAAAUGCUCCUCAUUGAUGGAGGUAACCUUAUUUUUGAUGGGGAACAAACUGCUUUAAAUCUUCAAGCUGAAUACAUACUGAUCAUUAGAAAUGGGACUUUGCAAAUAGGAACUGAGGAUAAUAGAUAUCUAAAUGAGGCUCAAAUCACUUUGCAUGGAAACGUAAGAUGCACUGAGCUUCCUAUUUAUGGAUGCAAGACAAUUGGUGUAAGAGAAGGUACACUAGAUCUACAUGGAGAGUUCAUUCCAAUGACAUGGACUAGGUUAUCUCAAACAGCAGAGAUUGGAGAUACCAUCAUCCAUCUUCAGCAUGGUGUAAAUUGGAAGCCUGGAAGUGAAAUUGUUGUUGCUACUACUGGUGGAAGAGCAUCUAUGGGAGAGAGUGAGAAAAUGACAAUUGAGUCUGUUUCUGCAGAUGGGACUAUGCUAACCUUAACUAAGCCUUUAAAGGCCCAGCAUUUAUCAAUCUCUCAAACUUUUGGCUCACAUGAGGUAGAAACCAGAGGUGAGGUUGGCCUUCUAUCAAGAAAUAUCAAAAUUAAAGGGGCUGUAAAUCAGCAGUUUGUUACUGAAAUACCAGCAUGUGAGAAACCUUUUGUUGCAAAUGAAGAAGCAGAACAAUCUUGCUUUCAAGGUAAGUUUGGAGAGGAAAUUGGUACUGAUGAAUUUGGUGCCAUCAUCCUAAUCCAUGCAAAAGAAAUUAACAAACAUUUAGCUACAGCAAGAAUCAGUUAUACUGAGUUUAAUGAGGUUGGACAAGCAUUUAGAGUAGGUCGAUAUCCGAUUCAUUUCCAUAUCAAUGGAGAUGUUACUGGAUCUUAUGUUAGAGGAAAUGCAAUUCAUCACAGCUAUAAUAGAGCCUGCACCAUUCAUGCUGUAAACAAUCUUCUUGUGGAGCAUAAUGUUGCAUUUGAUAUCAAAGGACUCUCAUUCUUCAUUGAAGAUGGAAUUGAGAUCAAUAAUGUUAUUCAGUACAAUUUGGCUGUAUAUACUAGGCAAUCCAACAGUUUACUAAAUCCUGAUAUUCAACCUGGAGCAUUUUGGGUUGUAAACCCAAACAACAUUCUUAAUCAUAAUGCUGUGGCUGGAAGUACUCAUUUUGGAUUUUGGUACAGAGUUCUUCAGAAUCCAGAUGGACCUUCUGCAACACCAACUUACUGUCCUGCAAAAGCACCAAUGGGGUCAUUCUACAACAAUAGUGCUCACAGUAAUGGUCUUUAUGGUAUUUGGAUAUUUACUGCUGGUGAAUCAGGCUGGUCUCCUCACGAUGGUGAUCUUGAGCACGGUUAUUGCAAUGGUCAUGCAACAACAGCUACUUUUGGUAAUUUUAUUGCAUGGAAUAAUGAAAUUGGAGUUGAAGUUGUUGAAAGUGGAGCAAUUCGAUUUGAAAAUAUGACCCUUCUUGACAAUGAAAAGAGUGGAAUUGAAAUGAUUCAUCCAGUUGGAGUCACUCGUCAAAAUGGUGAAGACUAUGGUGCCCCAACAUUCAAAAAUUCUAUUGUAGUAGCUCAUUCUAAACUUACUGAAGGAUGGGAAAAUGGAGACACAUUUUGCAGCAAGUCAGGUGUUUGGAGUGGAUGGUGGGGAAAUGAUGUUGAAAAUAUAGAAUUUUACAAUUUUGACAGACCAACAUGUGCAGCAUUGAGCAACUGUGCUCGCUGCAAGCCAAAUUGGGCUGGCGGCAAGACCCAGACAAGUGGACUUUCUUUCAUCAACAGUCCAAAUAAGAUUUCUUGGCCAUGGACUAUGGGAGGAUUUUAUGAAGAUUUGGACGGCACCUUGUGUGGAACACCUGGUUGUAAGGUUGUUCAGAAGAGAGACAUUUAUGAUCCUGUGACUUGUGUAGAUGAUACUGAUGAUGAGUUUUCUCACAUCAUAGGUGGAGGUAAUGGACUAGAUUGGCUUGACCUAGGACUUUUAGAAAAUGAGACACUAAAGCUAGAUGCCUCUGUUUGUGAUCCGUCACAACAAUUUCACAUUGUCGGGUUGGAUAAAUAUGCCCCAACAUCACUUCAGUUCAACGAUUUGAUAUUUUUUAAUGAGUUUGGUAGUGCUGCAACACCAUGGAGGAAAAAGUCCCCAUAUAAAGAUGGAUGGGCAGCAGUUCUCCCUGAAGGACAGGUUAAUUAUUUCUUCUGGAAUACUUUAGAUCAUUUGACAAAUAUAACCUACAGAUUAGGAGCUUUCCAAAUGUCUGCAGAUGGUGAUCAUCUUCUUUUGGGUCAUAAUUUCACCCAGUCUCCAGAUAUUUUUACAUUUAACGGGGAAGAAACCAACUCAUCAAAGUCUUUAGCUGAAAUCCCAACCUAUGAAACGGCUGGCAACACUGAUUGGUUCUGGAAAAAUGAAACCAAGGAACUCUCCUAUAUUUUGUCGUACAAAGAUAAAAAUCCUAUAACAAAGAGAUCUGGUAUGCCUCAUGAAAAAUACAGGGAGGUUCAAUUCAGGGUUUAUAGAUGCCUAUAUGACGGAUGUUUGCCACCUCCUCCUCCAACUGUUCCUCCAGGCAGACCUACAGAAUUCCUAAAAUGGUCUAGUGAGUCUGAUUGGGCAACCCUAGGCAUGACAAAGCCAACUGCUAAUGAUGACGGGUUGGUAACUGAAUGGAUUUCCAUUCCUCCUGGAGUUUGGAUGGUUCUAGAUGAAGUACCCCCGCUUCUGACCAGACUUUACAUUUAUGGGGUUUUGGAAAUUGAUGAUUCUAUAGAUAAUGUGCUCAGUGCAGAGAUCAUUAUGAUUCAAGGUGAUCUAGCUCAAUUGGUUGCUGGUUUUGGAGAUGCUCCUCAUACUCAUAAAUUUGAUAUACUUUUACGAGGAAAUCAUGAAACUCUUGACCAACCUCUACCUGAUGGACCAAAUCUAGGAGCAAAAGCUUUAGGUGUAUUUGGUAAGCUUCAAUUACAUGGAUUGGAUGUUGGGAGAACCUGGACCAGAUUGUCUGAAGACGCUCUUGCAGGAGCAACAACCAUUACCUUGGCAGAGGAUGUUGAUACCACCUUCUGGACAACUGGGGCAGAGAUUGUAAUUGCUCCCACAGGGUUUGAACCAACUGAAGUUGAGGUUCAUACCAUUCAGUCUGCUAAUGGCAGAGUUUUGACUCUUUCUAAACCACUUGCAUACAAGCAUUUAGGAAGUGAAUAUUCUCUGGAUGAUGGAUCUGUUUCUUGGACAAUUAGUGCUGAAGUUGGACUUUUAACUAGAAAUAUUAGAAUUGUUGGAGAGGAUUAUCCAGAGAAUGAGGAAGAAGAGUUUGGUGCCAGAGUCUUGGUUUCCAAAUUUAAACAGGAAGGUGUGGAAUAUAAGGGAUAUGCUAAAAUAGCCAAUGUUGAGUUCCACCGUGCUGGGCAAGAAGGUUGGACAGACAGGUUUGAUCCCCGAUACUCACUUUCUUUCCUCAAUCAUGAAGACUCCACUGAUGAUGAUGUGUCCAACAAGGAAUCAUAUGUGAAAAAGUGUUCAUUCAAUUACAACUACAAUGCGGCUAUUGGGGUAUUCAACUCUAAUAACAUCCUUCUAGAGGACAAUGUUAUUUACAGAACUUUGGAAUAUGGUCUUAGAGAUGAGGGUGUUGGUAAUAGAUGGAUUCAUAAUUUCAUUGCUUGGACUAAAUAUGUUGGUCUCCAUAAAGAUCAAAGAGGUAAUUUUUACAAACGAGGUUGCAUCAUCCUUAAUGAAGCAUGGGACACUGAUUUCCGAAAUAAUGCAAUGGCAGGCUGUGAAAGAGCAGGACUUGUUGCAACUGGACAUAUCUGUUCUUCUGAGAAAAGAUGGGAGGGAAAUGUUAUUCAUUCCUCACAUGAGGGUGUUCAUGUUAAUACUUACAACCCACCAAUUGAAAUCAUUGAAGAUAAAAACUGCGUAGUUUUCAGAAACCUACUGCUUUACAAGAUUUAUGAUUAUGCAUUUUACUUGCUGACCCAUGACACUGUUGAAAUGGAAAACAAUAUAAUUGUCGACGUCGGAGUUGGAAUACAUCCUUUCCUUAUUCGACCAAGGCCAACAUCUCAUCUUGUUGAGGAGAAAUAUCUACAAAUUAACAAUACUGUCUUUGUUGGAAGAUCUUCUGCUUUUGACUGUGAGACUGAUGUUGAACCAUCAUAUCUCUGGUUUGAUCGGGAUAGAAAUGGGGGUGAUACUAUGUGGCCUGGAAGAGACUGGAAAGGAUAUAAAACAGGACAUGCAGGAUUAUUAUGGCCUAUUUUUAGCGGUAUUGGAGUACCAUUAGGAAAACCUUGGGUCAAUGGAAAACCAAAAUCUUUUCCACUUUUGACUGGUCAAGUCUUUCUAAAUGAUAAUGUCUUUGCAAAUUACAAUCCUGGACAAUGCAAUGGAGCCUUUGACUCUGCAAUCAGAACUAAUCCAAGGGGAGAUGACAUGCAAUUUCCAAUCAUUUCUAAAGGUACAAGAUUUGUAAAUGUUGAUCAGAGUAGCAAAAUUUGGAUGGAUCGGCCUCUAGACAAAUUAGUUGUAAAUGAGCACUGUGUUGACAUGCACUGUGAUGGUCUGAAGAAAGCGUUGCUCAUUGAUACUGAUGGAAAGAUUAUUGGAAAUGAUAUUCCUGGAACUAUCAUUGCUGAUUCUGGUUACCAGUGGGAGGGAAACCCAACAGCAGGACUUGGAUACUACAGAGUUCCAAAGUCAAUGGUCACUGAGGUCAAUGGGGACAAAAUAGAAUAUGCAGACAAGAUGCCGAAUACAGGAAUUGUAAGAAAUGAUCAAUGUGAAUGGGUUCCUGAGUGGCAUGCAUUUAAAUGUCAUGAUAUCAAUCAUAGACUUUUGAUUAUGGAGUCUAUGGAUGUUGACACACUAGACAGAAGAUUAUCUCCAGUUGCAGUCUUAGCUAAUCCUGGUCCCAAUGGUUUCAUUGAUCUUAUAAACGGUCCUCAAGAUUGGUCCUGUUGUUUUGGCUAUGCUUGUCAAAAAAGAAUUUCAAAUUUUUAUGCUAUUGUUGGUACAAACAUGAUGUAUGAAAUUCAUUUGACAUCUACACCCCCAAUUCAUAUGAGAUACAGAUUGAAACACAAUAUUGGAGGAGACCCUGUACUUCUCAAGAUUUUCUUCCCAAAACCUCAAAGAAUCGAUGUGUUUGCUGGUGAGAGAUAUGUUGCCCCUGAAAACAUUGACCUUACUUCAGAGCAAUUCUCCAUGCUCCCAGCCAAUGAUGCAUUUAUUCCAAGUCUUCAAUCUGAAGUAGAGGGUGCAAAUUAUUUUGAUCCUACAACAGGAUUUCUCUACCUCUUACUUAGGGGAACCAACACUGUUGACUAUAAAAUUCAACCUUCAGUUGUAACUAAGAUUGGAGCAACUAUUGACAUGGACAAUUUCUUUGAGGGUGAUGUUGCUGGAAAUAUUGCUGCUUUACUAGGAAUUAAUCCUAAAAACAUAAGAGUUACAAAUAUUGUUAGAGAGGGCAGUGCUAGGAGGAAACGUGGAAUACCUGAGAAUGUUGUACUCGAAAUUACUAUUGAGCCAACACCUCUUCAGAACCUGAAUGAUACAGCUGAAAUCUCAUAUGUGGAACUUAAAAAUAUAGCAUCCACCAUUGCCAAUAAAUUCCAGGAUGGCUCAAUUAGUGCAGCAUUGGAAAUGAACAUAACAAAGGUGGAGAUCAAUGAGCCCAUUUAUGUACCAUCUGAUGAAGACAUUCUCUGCCCUGGAAGCUUCCCACAGGAUGAAGAUCCAAUGGGCGAAUGUUAUUUUGGACCCGAAGAAAACACAUUAACAGGAACACCUUGGUCAAUAGCAUCUCAGUUGAAUGCCACAAUACGACUGAAGGAAAAUUUAAGAUUGGCAGAGUUGGCAGUUCCUGUAGCACUUAAGAUUAUGACUGAGCCUUCCCAGGCAUUUGAGAUGGCAGCAUUUGGGGUUCAACCAAAUUUGUAUACAGUAGAUGGUGCAGGAAAGUUUAUUUCUGAUCUUGGUAUGGAUUCAGAUCCUUGGAUAGUAACAGCUAGUAAGUUAUCAGGAGAUGGAGAUCUAAUAAACAAUGUCACCUGUGCAUUUUUCAAGGGAUAUUGUGAGUUUAAAGACUUAGGUAUUGAUACCAUGGGAUAUAACUUUACAAUUCAAUUUGAAAUAACGUAUCCAAUUGUUGCUAUCAACCCUGUUUCAAGUGAAAAAAUCCCAGUGGGAAGAAGACCUUUAUCAGUGAAAUUCACGUCAAUACCUUCCCUUCAACCACAAAAUACAUCUUUCUCAGCAACAGUAGGAAUCUGGGAUGAUGCUCUUGAUCUGCCUGUUGACUCAAAUUCUGCUCCAAAAUCUGCAGUUUCUUGUACUGUGGAGCUUCAACCUGCUUCUGAAUUGGCACUUGAAGGAACAACCACUGUUAAUGUAGUUGAUGGUGUUGCAACAUUUGAUGAUCUACAUGUUGAUGGAGUGGCUGACGGGGCAUAUUUAAAGGUCACAUGCACAGAUGAGGCUGAUUUUAAUCACAUUGCCAUGUCUCCUAAAAUGUUUAUUCAUCCCUUCCCUAAAACUGGAUUACUUCGGGAAACUGAUGUUGGAUUUUCUUUCAAAGGAAAAUAUGAUUACGUCCAACAGGUUCUUGAUGCAUUCAGCGCAGCUCUGAACCAUUCAGCAGCUCCUGCAAGGAAAAGGAGGUCUUUUUCUGGAAAAGUCAAUUUUACCAAGGAAUCUAAGAAAAACUGGCCAAUAUUCUAAGCUGACAUCAUAUAUGGUGAUGGGUAUAUAAUCAAGGGUAGUUUUUUUUCAAGCUAUAGAUAGUAGUUAUUAAUGUUAAGCACAAAUGGACACUGAUACUGAUGUUAUGAAUAAAUAUUAUAUGAAUUUA